AUGAAUAGUGAACCUCGUGUCAUACCGAUUCGUCGCAUCGAUACAUAUGAUGCUCCGCGACGUGGUACUGCAUCAACUGCCUCGGAAACGGUUGAUGAUCCGGUGAGCACUGGAGGAGCUAUGGUUGGUGAUCGUUGCGUAUGGGUUUCCGAUGGAGUGCCUCAUAAAGGAACGAUAAACACUGGAGGAGCUAUGGUUGGCGAUCGUUGCGUAUGGGUUUCUGAUGGAGUGCCUCACAAGGGAACGAUAAAGUUUAUCGGACACUUGAAGGGGCAUAGCAAUCUCUAUGCUGGCGUUGAUUUUGUGAGUUCAUGAUC